UAAAAGAAGACAUGACAGCACAGUAUACACAAUGUGGGAAUUUGCAUGCCUGUCACUCGAACGCGAUUUGCCCCUGCCAAUCAGUUAUGUUACACCCAAAGCUGCGCAGAACUAACUGCGAGGUACUACAGUUGGAGAUUACCAACAUCGUUUGAUUACCCACGGAAUUUUGGACUCAACUUCAUGUCAGGUCAGAGCGCAAAGGUAAAACAUUUAACACAUUAGGAGAACAGAACACAGAGGUGGUGAAACUAUGUCUAAGUAGCAAUGCGAGAGGUUCGUGCAUAUUUUAAUCUGACUAGUAGUAGUAGUGAAGAGGAUUAUGAGGAUCCUGUACUGGUAAUUUCUGCGAAUCGACGGAUAAAAGAAGCAGUGGAUGCAGUGAAACGAGAAAAGGCCUUAUUGAAGCAGAAAAGACGGGAGCGGGAUGCACUGUUCAAGCAGCUUUCUGCUGACGUCCUUCCAGAAAUUGCUGCCGCACCACCACCAGUAAGGAACAAGGAAGUUGUCGAACAGGCUGCAGAAAAAAGUGCUGAAGUAGCAGAAGAUACGGUAGAUUAUACCGACGAGUCUGACAUCAAGGAAAUGCAAACGACCGUAAAAAAAAACGCUCCAGACAAGAACAGAACUACUGUCAACAGAUUCUUCUCAGUAGCCAGUAAAACUGGGAACACAAAACAAGCUGCUGUGCAUUUCGUUGACAAUUCAUGGGCCAUAGAGAAGAAACGGAAAGCUGAAAAGUUUAAGAAAAAAUGGAUUAACAGACAGGCGGCUACUGGCAACUGAUUCGUUUGUACGUUUUAGGCUGAAACUCGGUAGUCAAGCCAAACUAAAGACUUAUUAGAAAUCUAUUACACAGUAACAAUUUUGCUAACAUUCUCUGGGAGCAGCAAACUGACAAGGGCAUUGAAGUUGAUACCUACUCUGUAAAUGCAUGCUUUUAUGGGGGACUGUACUUUUAAGAAAAUUGGUUGAAGGUUAAUUCAUGAAAUUCGUGUUCAUUCUUUGGUAGAGCGUGCCUUUUUGUCGAAAAUAUAAUUUUAUUUGGUACAAGAUUUGGAACUGCACCCCCUUUUUUCUUGGUUAUUGUAUUCUCGAUCUGUAAUUGUCCUCAUGUCUGUGAAGUCACUGCUUGUUUUCAUAAAUGUAGUUUCUCAGCCAUCACAUGCAGUCGUGGGACGAAGUUUAGGUCUUCAGUGCAUGGCAUUUCCGGUCUCUUACAGAGUCAUUUGGCCCUCAACACUUUGUGAAUGACGUUUCCCCUUCUGUAAACGUUAGGGCAGGUGAUGCUUGACUGCUGAUAAUGCCUUUCAUCUUCACAUUGAAGCUAUCCAUACCUGCAUGUGAAAAAUCUCACCCAGCUCCUACUCAACAUGAAGAUGUCCAUCCCACGUGACCCAGUUUGAUCAGUGAUUUUAAAAAUAAAUAUUUUUGUUCAA